CUUCCUGUGUCAGGUUCACACAGACAAAGACACAGAGAGAGUUUUAAUGACAAACGCAAACUGCAUGGACACAAUGUCAGCAACAGACAGGCCGAAAGGUGAUUCACGUGAUCUGAGGAUUGUGCUGCUGGGAGUCUCUGGAGCUGGAAAGAGUGCAAUAGGAAAUGCAAUACUCGGUCGAGAGGCAUUUAAAGAGAGCAGAACCAGAGAGAGUGAGAGACAGACAGGAAGAGUAGAAGACAGAAACAUCUCCAUCAUCGACACUCCAGGAUUCUUCAACACUGAUCUGACUGAUGAAGAGAUGCAGAAUGAAAUGAUAAGGAGUAUGUACCUCUGUUAUCCUGGUCCUCAAGUGUUCCUGCUCGUCAUUAACCUGGAGACCUUCAGAGAGGAUGAGAGGAACAUUGUGGAGCAAAUUCAGGAGAACUUUAGAGCUCAAGCUUUAAAGUUUACCAUGGUGCUGUUUAUUGGAAGAGAAAAAUUGGCAACUAGACAAUGGAAUCUCUUUAUGAAAAGCAGAACAUGUCAGAACCUUGUCAGUCACUGCAGAGGACAAUAUCAUGCAAUCAACAGUAAAAAUGACAUUAUUCCAACUCACAUCACUAAACUUCUAGAGAAGAUUGAUGAAAUCAUCAAACGGAAUGAUGGCCAGCAUUGUGACAUUCACAUUUUCUUAAGAUAUCCAAUAAGAUGCAGAAAAGAAAAGAUACAACAAGAGAAAGAAACAAAAAUGCAAGACAUGCAAGAGCAGAUAAUAGUGCGGGAGAAGAUUCACACGCACAGUGUAAAGGAAAAAAGCCCAAGAAAUGUUGUGACUAAAAAGAAAGAUUUUGGUUCUCAUGUGAGAACUGAAUCAUAUGAAGACAGAUGUUCUAGAGUUCCAAAAGAAAACACGAAGGAAGAAGAGGUAGUAAAACAAUCAGUAUGCUGGAAAAUGAGCAGGAAAAGAAAAUGGGACCAGAAGAAACAACAGACAGAGAAAGAGCAACAUCUAACCCAAGCAGAGUCCAUACAGAACAGCCAGAUAAGACCUAACGAGUGCACAGAUCUCAGGAUCGUGAUGGUGGGGAAAACUGGAGCUGGAAAGAGCGCAACAGGAAACACCAUCCUGGGACAAAAAGUGUUUAAAGAAGUAUUUUCUUCCGAAUCUGUGACUGGGAAUUGCCAGAAACAUCAGCAGACAGUAGAAGGUAGAAUCAUCUCUGUGAUCGACACUCCAGGACUGUUUGAUACGUCAAUCAGUGAAGAACAACUGAAGAAUGAAUUAGUGAAGUGUGUAGAAAUGUCUGUUCCUGGUCCUCAUGUGUUCCUGCUGGUCAUCAGACUGGACGUGAGAUUCACAGAUGAGGAGAAAAACACAGUGAAAUGGAUUCAGGAGAACUUUGGAGAAGAUGCUGCACGUUACACCAUCAUUCUGUUCACUAGAGGAGAUCAGUUAAAAACACCCAUAGAGGAGUUUCUGACCAAAAACAAGCAGAUUAGAGAGCUAGUUGAACUAUGUAAAGGAGGUUAUCAGGUUUUUAUUAACACAUCUGAAGAAAAUCAGUCACAGGUCACUGAACUGCUGGAGAAGAUCAACAGAAUGGUGAUGGAGAACGGAGGAGAGCAUUACACCAAUGAGAUGUACCAGGAAGCUCAGAGGAAAAGAGAGGAAGAAGAGAAGAGGAAGAGACAAGAAGAAGAGAGAAAGAAGUUGAAAGAGAAAGAAAAGAUAAGGGAAGAAGAAAGAAGCAGGCUGUUGAAUAACACUCAAGGUGUAGUCUUAUUGGGAACAGGUGUGGUAGUGGGUGUAGGAGCAGCAGUUGUAGUUGGUGGAGGGACACUUGGUCCAGCUGUAAUCUCUGGAGCAGCAGUUGCUGGAUCUGCAGCUCUAGCUUCUGUUUCUAAAGGAUCAACGGUAUCUGAAGCUUUAAUGGCAGGAGUAGUAGCUGCUGGAAAUGCAGCACUGAACUCUGUUAAAUAGUGGAGCACCUGCAGCUUUAAAGAGUGGGAGGAGCAAGUAAUCAAGUUUCAGUGAUAGUAACUGUGUUUUUCCUUGAAAUAUCAGUUUCAAAAUCAUUCUGAUGCUACACUGACUUAAAAUAAGGUGAAUAACUGAAAACAUUUGACUGAAUUCAUGUUUUGUAUGAUCUUAACAUUCCUGUGUUUAGUCCUGUAACAGCAUCCAGAUCAUUUUAAGAACAAUAAAGGAAGAACAACAUCA